AUACAUUUUCAUUCUUUUCCUGCAGAGUCUUCAGGCAGAGAGGAACAAACCAACUAAAAAUAUGAUUAACAUCAAUAGCCGCCUACAAGAAGUCUUUGGAUGUGCCAUUAAGGCCGCAUAUCCAGACCUGGAAAAUCCUCCUCUGAUAGUAACACCAAGUCAGCAACCCAAGUUUGGGGACUAUCAGUGUAAUAGUGCCAUGGGCAUUUCUCAGAUGCUCAAAACCAAGGAACAGAAAGUUAAUCCAAGAGAAAUUGCCGAAAACAUUACUAGACACCUGCCGAACAAUGAGUAUAUUGAAAAAGUUGAAAUUGCUGGUCCUGGUUUUAUUAAUGUCCAUCUAAGAAAGGAUUUUGUAUCAGAACAGUUGACCAAUCUUCUGGUGAAUGGAGUUCAGCUACCUCCCCUUGAAGAGAGAAAAAAGGUUGUAGUUGACUUUUCCUCUCCCAAUAUAGCUAAAGAAAUGCAUGUAGGCCACCUUAGGUCAACAAUCAUAGGAGAGAGUAUGUGCCGCCUCUUCGAAUUUGCAGGCUAUGAUGUGUUAAGGUUAAACCAUGUAGGAGAUUGGGGGACCCAGUUUGGCAUGCUCAUUGCUCACCUGCAGGAUAAAUUUCCAGAUUAUCUGACAGUCUCACCUCCUAUUGGGGAUCUUCAGGCUUUUUAUAAGGAAUCUAAGAGGAGGUUCGAUACUGAGGAGGAAUUUAAGAAGCGAGCAUACCAAUGUGUUGUUCUUCUCCAGAGUAAAAAUCCAGAUAUUAUAAAAGCUUGGAAGCUUAUAUGUGAUGUGUCCCGUGAAGGCUUUGUGCAAGUGGAUGAUGGCAGGAAGAUUGUGUUUGUCCCAGGGUGCUCCAUACCAUUAACCAUAGUGAAAUCCGAUGGAGGUUACACCUAUGAUACGUCUGACCUGGCUGCUCUUAAACAAAGACUAGUUGAGGAAAAGGCAGAUAUGGUUAUCUAUGUGGUAGACAAUGGACAAUCUAUGCACUUCCAAGUAAUAUUUGCUGCUGCUCAGAUGAUUGGUUGGUAUGACCCUAAAGUAACUCGAGUGUCCCAUGCUGGAUUUGGUGUGGUACUUGGGGAAGACAAGAAGAAGUUUAAAACACGGUCAGGGGAAACGGUACGCCUCAUAGACCUUCUGGAAGAAGGACUCAAACGGUCUAUGGACAAAUUGAAAGAAAAAGAGAGAGACAAGGUCUUAACUGCAGAGGAAUUGAAAGCUGCUCAGACAUCUGUCGCUUAUGGUUGUAUCAAAUAUGCUGACCUUUCCCAUAACCGGCUGAAUGACUACAUCUUCUCCUUUGACAAAAUGCUCGAUGACAGAGGGAACACAGCUGCUUACUUGUUGUAUGCCUUCACUAGAAUCAGGUCUAUUGCACGGCUGGCCAAUAUUGAUGAAGAGAUGCUCCGCAAAGCUGAGAAGUAUUGA